CUAGAGUAUCUUAUUGGGUAAAAUCUUUGGGAAUUGACGAAUCAUGUAACUGAUUACAAAACGCAUUCGCGUAAUGGCCACCACCAUUGAAACGUGCGAGUGUUGAUAUUUUUCGCUGCUAUUGCUAACCGUAUGUUUGACACGUAAUUUGUUUCAAGCUAACUAGCUUUACAUCAUAUCCACCUAGUGAGUCUCGUUUAAUCGUGAUAAAGAACAUGGCGAUAGCUGACGAAGAUGCUUUCCCGAGAGGUGGGAAACGGGCCAAGCAGGUACACGGAGAAUCUAUCAUCAGUAUCAGCUCUCAUCAUGAAGUUGAACUAGCAUCAACCGCAUCGAAUCCGAAGCACGUUUCAGGGAAAUCUAAGAAAUCCAAAGGAUCAGGUCAGACGGAAAAGCAAGAUUCAACGAAAGCAGAAGAUAAUGAGAUAGACACUGAUCUCUUAAAGUUUCAGGAUGAAUCGACUGGAAAAUCAUCGAAAAAGUGGAAAACCAUGUUAAGAGAGAAAGUCAGAAAGAAGCCUGUGACACCAAAAAAAUCGAGUCCAGCAAAAGUUGAUUCAGUGGGCAGUGGACAAGUUCAACUCAGCUAUAAAACUAUCACUCCUGGUAUGCUGAUACUGGGAUGUAUCAAAGAGGUACAUGACUUCGAGCUUAUAGUGUCACUGCCAGGUGGCAUUGCUGGAGUAGUUGACAUUGGCAACAUAUCAGAUGCUUAUACACAUCUUCUUCAAAACCUAACAAAGGGAUGCAGUGCAGAAGUGGAAGAUUUGCGGAGCAUGUACCACCUCUUUCGUGUCGGCCAACUUCUACGCUGCAAAAUCAUUGAGGUUGUCGAAAUGGAGCAGGGAAAGAAGAAAGUCAUACUCACUAUCAGUCCACAGGUUGUCAACGAGUAUGUUGGCAUUAGUGGGCUUAGGAAUAGGAUGACACUUUCUGCCAGUGUUGUGAGUGUGGAAGACCAUGGUUAUGUAAUGGAUAUCGGUGUAAAAGGCAUCCAAGCAUUCCUAAACAGCAAUGAUGCUAGCAAGUUUAUUGAAGAAUACAACUCUGGUGAGAGCCUAGCUGUUGGGCAGCACGUUACCUGUGCUCUUUGUAUCAAUGAUUCUAACAAGUCCACAGCGCCAUUGCGUAGUGUCAACCUGACUGCCGAUCCUGCUGCUGUCUGCAAGGCCAUGUUGAACAAGUCUGGAAAUGCAAAUGUAAAACUUCAUGCCAUUGUUCCCGGAAUGGUUACAGAGACUACAGUUCAAAAGGUGAUGGAAACAGGUGUGAUCGUGAAGUUUCUAACAUACACUGGAUUCGUUCAUCACACUCAGCUGAAAGGGGUUUAUGAAUCACCGUCCAAGUACAGGGAGGAACAGAAGGUGAAAGCGUGCGUGCUUCAUGUACAUCCGACAUCUAAGGAAAUCGGACUCACCUUCAGUCUGCCGGCCACGAAUCCACUGCAGACGAUGUCCCCAGCGACCAUGUUUCCGGGGCUGGCUGUGGGUGACAAGUUCAGUGAGGCAUGCGUCGUGCGUGUCGACAAGGGUCGCGGCGUCUACUUACAGCUUAACGAGAAGACUUAUGGCUUUGCUAGCCUGUCGAAUCUGACUGACAAGGCGGGCAUCACUGGCAUUCCAGAUGGAUUCUCCAUGGGCAGCAGCCACAAGUGUCGCAUUAUUGACUUUGAUCCUAUGGACAAAGUGGUUGUUGUGGCAUUGAAAAAGUCUGUGUUUGAGCAGCAGUUUCUUAGAUACCAUGAUAUUGCAGUUGGAUCUGUGGUGAAGUGCAUUGUAAGGGGCUUUCAUCAGGCAGGCAUGUCUGUUAAGCUGAGCGACAGAAUCUUUGGCUUUGUACCGAAUCUGCACUCGGCAGAUGUUGCUCUCACCAACCCUGCAAGAAAAUACAAAAAAGGAAACAAGCUAACAUGCAGAGUGCUCAUGUGUGACACAGAAAAAAGUCGUCUGUUGCUUAGCAACAAACAAUCCAUUGUGACGACGAAACUGCCCGUACUCUGUAACUAUGAGGAUGCACAGCCGGAGAUGCUGGUAGAAGGGGUGAUUGUUCAGAUCAGCACUAACUAUGUGCUUGUGCUGUUCUGUAAUGAUGUCAAGGGGCUUAUUCCCCGUAAAGAGCUCAGUGACGUAGACAUCCGCUAUCCGGAGAAAGUGUUCUCACUUGGUCAGGUGGUUAAGUGUAGAGUACUGAGCGCUGAUGCCCAGCAGAAGCAAAUGACUCUAUCCAUGAAGAACAUGACUGAUGCUCACCAACAAAUAGCACUACCGAAGGAUUUUGAAAUUGGAAAGCUGGUCAAUGUUAAAGUGGAAUCGAAGUCGGAUACUGGGCUAAAUGUCAAGCUGCUUCCAUCUGGAUUGCCAGCGUUCCUACCUCUAAACCAUCUAUCUGAUCAUCUUGAGAACUGUCAACCUCUUCACACGAUGUACUGGCCUGGAGACACUGUCCAUGACUGUGUCUACAUAGACAGUUCUGGAGCAAUUAUUGUAAGCAGGAAGAAGUCUUACACGCAAGCAAAGCAGUCUGGUUUGCUUGUGAGCAGCUUCAGUGAUAUUAAGCCGGACAUGCUAGUUGUUGGCUGCCUAAAGAAAGUCAUGGACUAUGGAGUAUUUGUAGAGCUACCAGGUUCAGUAACAGGCCUAGUGCCCACCAGGCUUAUGGCUGAUAAACAUGUCACGAGUCCGGCACUAGUAUACAGACUAGGGCAGUCCCUCAUCGCUAAGGUUACAGAGGUCAAUCAAGAGAAGAAGCGAUUUCUGCUGAAUUUAAAGUUAAAGGAAGUUCACGACGACAGCACAGCGCCAUCUAUCAACUUGCUUGAGGAUUAUCUGCAUGAACAUGAUGCAUUGGUAGCUAGUGGUGAAAAGAAGGGCGAUGGCGUGCUGAAGCAGCUAGCCAAAGUGUCAGUUGGAGAUGUAGUGGAGACUGUGGUGCAUGAAAAGACAUCUCACGGAGUUCUCUGUGCACUUGAUUCUGAUGUUCGUGGAUUUGCUACGAAUGCGCACAUUCCAGGGGAACAAAGUUACAACGUGGGAGACCAAGUGGCAGCUCUUGUACUGCAUAUUGAUCUUACAAGCAAAUGCUUAGAACUUUCGCUUGAUCAGGAGCUGGUUAAACAUGUGAACAAUUUCAGAGACACCAAGCACAGUAAGAUAAAGCCAGAUCAAUUGCUGAGGAGUGAGGUGCUCCUAAUCCAUGAUAACUUUACUCUCGUGGCCCUCAAAGGCCAUGGUCUAGGUAGGUUAGCCUACCUGCCUGUCAAGAGACACCUAAAUGACAUGGGCAAGGUCUCUCCUCACCUGGUUGGUCAGGUGAAUAAUGUCGUCGUGAAAAGGCUGACCGGUGGCCGCGUCCUCGCCAGCCUGCAGCUCAGCGAGAAGAUGGACGGCCGCGUGCAGACGAUACGAGAGCAGGCAAGCGCUCGCGCGAGAGGCGACGACUUCUGGACGCCGACCGUCGCUGUCGGGAAGACGUACAACGCCGAGAUCGCGUCAUUGCACGACCUUCACGCGUACGUGAAGAUCGGAUUCAGCGAAGGUCGCAUCCACGCGUCGGAGGUCGUGGACGAGCUGGAGGACGGUGGCGCCCCCCUGCGGGGCCUAGAGACAGGCUCUCUCGUCAAGGUGCGGGUCAUCGGCAGCCAUGAGGUCAAGACCCACGUGCACAGACAUCUAGCCAUUACUCGGCCCUACAAGACAAAGACUUAUGUUGACUGCAGCUUGAAACCCAGCAAAGUUGAUGCAGACUCAGAUGUACAGCUGGAUUACCUCUCUAAAUUCAAGCCAGGUCAGAAGGUGCAAGCAUUUGUGGAAAGUUACAACAACCAGUGUCUGUGGAUGCAAGUCAGUCCCAAGAUGACAGGCAAGGUGCACCUGCUUAACGUAUCUGAUGACCCUGCUGUGCUUGAGGAUCCCACCCAGCACAUGCUACUGGGCACGGGAUACAAUGCCACUGUUGUGGGCAUGGACAAGGGCAAGGUGUCGCUUUCACUCACAGGUACGACGAAACUAGUGGAAGGCACCGUCGUGAACGGCAUGAUUUUAAAGAUUCUGCCGGCAGCCUUCAUUGUUCAGCUACCAUUUUACUGCGUCGGUAAGGUGGCUCCCCCUGAUGCGAGUGACAUCUACAGCGACACCGUUAUGGAAAGCUAUCACGUAGGACAGUUCGUCAGAUGUUGUGUGCUUCAUUACGAUGAGACGAAAAAAAACCAAGUCGCUGUCUCACUGAGGGAUUCGAGGGUUUUCAGUGAUAGUUACGAUGACAUAGACAGGGAGGUGACAUUUGCUGAGCUGAGGGUGGGCCAGCUUGUAAAGGGUUAUGUUACAACGUGCAGCAAAGCUGGUCUAUUUGUGAGCUUGGCUCAUAAUAUCACUGGCAGAGUAAAGUAUAGCAAUCUGUCUGAGUAUAUUGUCAAAGGCUCGAGCCAUUCACUGCCUAUCUGCAAGGUUGUCACUGCCAAGGUCAUAGCCGAGGUGGAGAGCCGUGCGGGUAGACAGGUGGAGCUGUCAUUGUUGCCUAGGGACACGGGACUGCCUGAUAUCAUCCAGGAGGAUGAGCGGGGUUUAAGGAGGAGCAAAACAAGCAGUAGUAAGACUGUCAAAAAGAAACGCAGAAAGACGAGUGAAAGUGGCCUGGGUGCAGUUGACGCUGAGGCAGCGAUGGGGGAGGCAAAUCCCGAACUUGUAGUAAAAAAGAAGAAGAAAAUGGAAAAGGAAGUGGAAUUGUCAGACAGAAUAAAGGUGGGAGGCAUAGAGUCUGGUGACGUGUGUCAACCGAAGGGCAAAAAACGAAAACUUAUCAACGAAGGUGAUUCUAAGGGGGAUUCAUCAAAGAACAAAGCAACAGUGAAGAACCAGCAGAAGAAGGUCAAGGUUACUACAAGUGCGGAAACUGCAACAUCAAGCACUGUGAUCACAAAGGUGUCGCCACAAGAGCUCGAAAAUGCACCAAGGCUGCAGGUGCAUGGAGGUUUCAGUUGGGACACUACUAUCACAACUCUUCCUACCCCGGGGCUUACAACCAUCCUCAAGGUACCUUCCAGCAGAGGCAGUGGCAACAGCGCAGUCACUCCCAAAGGAUCAGCCCCCGAGUUUCAUGAUGAUAGUAGCAGCAGUGGAAGUGAUGAUGAGAAAGAACUUCCAAAAGAAAAGACGAAGAAGCUGACGCAGGUGGAACGUGUUGCCGCGGCGAGGCGGCGAGAGGAGGAUGUGUACAACACAGAACGAAGGCUGCUUGACAAUGACUGGGAGCCAGAGGCUGGGGACGAUUAUGAGAAGAUGGUGUUGGCAUCCCCGAACAGUUCCAUCGUAUGGCUUCGGUACAUGGCAUUUUAUCUGCAGGCUGCUGAGACUGAACGAGCGCGCUCUAUAGCUGAGAGGGCUCUGCAGACGAUAUCAUUUAGGGAGGAGCAAGAGCGACUGAAUGUCUGGACAGCAUUGCUGAAUCUGGAGAAUAUGUAUGGCACACCAGCAUCUCUCAAUGCGACAUUCUCACGAGCGCUGCAAGCCAAUGAUGCUCUCAAAGUUUAUUUGCAACUCAUCAACAUCUACUGUCAUUCCGACAAGAAUGAGCAAGCGGAGAUCUUAUACAACACAGUGGUCAAGAAGUUCGGUCAGACUAAAGACGUCUGGAUCAAGUUUGGUACGUUUUACAUGAAGAAUGGGCAGACAGCAUUAGCACAAAAGGUGCUAGACAGAAGCCUGAAGAGCCUGGAUAAGCGGCAGCACGUCGAUGUGAUAGCUAAGUUUGCACAGCUGGAGUUUCAGCAUGGAGAGUUGGAGCGAGGAAAGACUAUGUUUGAAAGCAUGCUGGGCACCUAUCCCAGACGCACCGAUCUCUGGUCAGUCUACAUUGACAUGAUGAUCAAAGCAGGCCAACACGACAGUGUCAGGCAACUCUUUGACAGAGUCAUCCACAUGAAGCUGUCAGCAAGAAAGAUGAAGUUCUUCUUCAAGAAAUACCUGGAGUUCGAGGAGAGACACGGCAUGGCAGACGGCGUGAGUCGCGUGCGAGAGCUGGCUCUAGACUAUGUUGAAUCGCAGGACGUGGAGGAUGACUAGAGACGCGCGUUGAGGUGGCGCGGCAGUACAGACGACGACGGCAGACUGUGCACUGAAUAUCAUGUCUGACAUUAAUACCGGCACGUGCGGUGGUCGUCACUGUAGCGCAGGAAGGGGCGAAGUGAACGUCCAAAUUGGAAUUCGCCUAUCAAACAAUUAUGUAUAUAAUAAUACGUGGUGCUGUCCAGCCUCUCUAUCAUUUUAUUGUGCAGUGAUAGAAUUUAAGCUGAAUGUUUCAUAGAAUAUAUAACUGAAACGUUAUGUAUAGCAGAAUAUAAAACUAGCCAGUAGAUGAGCAUUCAUCAGUGAUGUGACGACAUGAAUUUUGGAAAUAGUAGUCAAAAGGCUUACGUCUAUUACUAGCGAGGGAGCUGUUGGACUAAUUUUUAAUCACGAUUUGUAUACUGCUAGUAAAAAAAAUAUAACGGUUUUAGAAGAAAUUUGCAUUGGAGUAAUUUUGAAUUGAGAAAUAAACAUUGGCAGAUUAACAUUAAAUCAGGAGUGAAUAAAAUAAAGACUUUGUUUUUUCACUCUUUAUUCAAUGUAUAACCUGCAGAUUAGUAUGCAUCAUCA